AUGGCUACAAAAUCAAUUAAUUUAGGUGGUGGCACCGGUGGUAAGAACAAGUUGGUGGAAUGUUUUGAGGAUAUUUUGGAGGUCUCGUCACAGAUGUUGGUGCAACAGCAGUUGAAGUCUAUCCAGUUGGAUAAUUCUGUGAUUAGUGGGUUUAAUCAAGGCCAACAAAAGGUUUUAUUAGAAAAAGUUACUUUGUUUCAUUCGAUAUUGGAUGAUUUGGAAAUUACUUUGAAUAAAGGUAAAAAUUAUGUCGACGAGUUGACCAAGAUUGGUAAGGAUAAAGAAGAAGAGAGAGAAAGGGUUAGAAGAGCUGAGGAAGAGAAAAAAAGACUGCUGGAGGAAGAAGAGAAGAAAAGAUUGUUGGAAGAGGAAGAGAAAAAGAGAUUACAAUUGGAAAAGGAGAAACGAGAAGAAGAAGAAUUGAAAAAGAAGAAGAAAUUAGAGGAAGAACAAGAACUAGAAUUGGAGAAAUUGAAAGAACAGCAACAGCAACAGCAAGCUGAAAAAGAUAAGUCAAAUGAGGAAAACAAUAGUAAUAACCUAACGUCGCCAACUUUCUUCCUAGAUACACCAACUGAUCUAGUGACAGAUAUCACAGGGAGUAAUAAAUCAGCACAGACUCCACAACAAGUUGAGUCUAAUCUAGUGACUGCCGCCACAAGUGCUUCCCUCGAUAACCAAUCUCCAAAUCUAAAUAAAUUGGAUUCGUCAUCUAAUAAAGAUAAACAGGUCAAUAAUGAUCAACAGAGCGAGAAUAAUAAUCAAACAUUGACUACCUCUGCAUUUGAUGAUCCGAAUAGUUUAGAUAUAUCGAUGUUCCCUGGUCUAGACGGCGGUGCUUUCGAUCUAGGUAGCUUUGGUGCAUCAGACAUGAAUUCACUUUCUAAUAAUUUAUCUACAGGUAGUAAUAAUGCUAAUAAUGAUUCAAAUAACUUGAGUUUGUUGGCAAGCAAUGAAAAUCAAAGCAGUACUAAUAAUAAUAGUGAUACAAAUAAUAACAACAAUAACAACAAUGAAUCAAGUGUUCCAGUAAAUACGGAUGAUUAUUUAACUUUGAACGAUUUCAAUGAUUUGAAUAUCGAUUGGAACACAACAGGUGAUCCAGGUGAUUUGGACUUGAAUGGAUUCAAUUUGUGA